CGCUGAAGUUUUUUGCUCAGUCGCGACGGAAAUGCCCUUUGUUUCUGUUCUCCCACCUUAGCACUGCUAUUAUGGUCUCCACGAGAAGCAAUGGCGCCCGUAGUGUUCGCACACCCGCAACUACGACUACAGGCACUCCAAGCACGUCCGUGUCUCCCCUGCUUAGUGGCGAAAAUUCUGCUGUACCUGAAACCCCUGACACCUCCGACGUCGGUGAGGAUCCAGUGGUCACGAAAGUCGCAACGAGAUCACUUGCAGCAAACCUUAUGAAUACGCGGAAGCGCCCUACAGAAGAUGCAGACGAAGACGAAGACCUCGCGGCUAGACCGGUUGCGACUAAACGGAGGGUCAUUCAAAAGGCGUUUUUCGUUGAGAUACCCAUUAAACAUUCGACCUUGAACUCAAAGCAACAAGCAACACCUGUUAAAGGCAAAGGGCGAGUUGUUACCUCCAACGACCAGCUUCCCUCAGAGGAUGAGGACCUCUCCGACGGCUCGGAGUAUAUUGAGUCGGAUGAUGAUGUCCCUCUCCCCUCAAAGAACGUGGAUGACGUCAUCUCGAGUUCUGAGGGAUACGAGUCAGAGGGUGACGAAGAAUUGAUGGUUGCUGCUGCCAUUGAGUUGUCCCGUGAAACAGCACGGCUCGCUGCUCAAGAAUACUCGGGAGUCGGCUCUUCCUCUAGAACUAUCGUUGCGUCGCCAAGCCUCAAGAUUACCAAGAAAGGUGCUGCUGCUGAACGUCGCCUGACACAGUCCGGUAGCAAGACCAAAGUCAAGGGAAAAGGAAAAGAUCGUUCUGCGGGCAGUGAGGAUGGGGAUUUCAUGCUCGCAAACAGCGAUUCAGCACUAUCGGCCUUGAGUUCAAGCGAAGAGGAAGUCCCGGUUUCCAAGGGCAAAGGAAAAGGAAAAGCUACGAAGAAGGGUAAAGACAAUAGGAAGUUUAUCGACACCGAACCCAUGACUUGGGUAGAGCGGUCUCAGCAGCGCCGUCUGCAAGCAGCCGAAAGGAGGGCCAACAAGUCAGAGGAGUAUGCAUUAAUGCAAGAGCUUGGCCGAAAGUUAACUUAUGCUGAGAAAUCUUCCUUGGCACUCAAGAAGUAUCACCCUGAGCUCAAGGACGUCUGGGGUAACAUCGAGUCCAGCAUCCCCAUCGUCGUACCGGAGAGAGCUGAACAGCCUGCUGGUUUGAAGGUCACGUUGCUUCCAUUCCAGCGGGAAUCACUCUCCUGGAUGCGUAAACAGGAGAAAGGGCUCUGGCAUGGCGGCAUGCUAGCAGACGAGAUGGGCAUGGGCAAGACUAUUCAAAUGAUAUCUCUCUUUGUGUCGGACUUGAAGCGUCCGAACCUCGUUGUUGCGCCAACUGUUGCUAUAAUGCAAUGGCGAAAUGAGAUCAAUACUCACACAGAGGGGAUGAAUGUCUUGGUAUGGCAUGGCGCGUCUCGUCUCAACAACCCCAAGGAACUGGAGAAAUACGACGUUGUGCUCACUACUUACGCUGUGAUGGAAAGUUGCUUCAGGAAGCAGCAGAGCGGCUUUAAGCGGAAGGGGCUUAUUGUGAAGGAACCUUCGCCUCUUCACCAGAUUAAAUGGAACCGAAUUAUUCUUGACGAAGCGCACAACAUCAAAGAACGCCAAACCAAUACUGCCAAGGCAUCCUUUGAGCUUGAGAGCAAUUACAAAUGGUGUCUAUCCGGAACGCCCCUGCAGAAUCGUGUUGGAGAGCUAUACAGUCUCGUCCGUUUCCUCGGGGGUGAUCCGUUCUCUUUUUAUUUCUGUAAGAAAUGUGCUUGCAAAUCGCUUCAUUGGAGGUUUACAGAUAAAAGGCAUUGUGACGACUGUGGUCACAGCCCGAUGCAACAUACCUGUUUCUGGAAUAACGAGAUUUUGACGCCUAUUCAGAAACACGGCAUGGAAGGGCCAGGCAAGAUUGCUUUUAAGAAGCUACGCAUUCUCCUUGAUAGGAUGAUGCUCCGUAGAACCAAGAUUCAACGAGCUGAUGACUUGGAUUUACCUCCUCGCAUGGUUAUCGUACGACGGGAUUACUUCAGUCCUGAAGAGAAAGAGCUUUACCUUUCGCUCUUCUCAGACGCGAAACGCCAGUUCAGCACUUACGUUGACUCUGGAACGGUUUUGAACAAUUAUUCCAACAUCUUCAGUUUACUGACUCGCAUGAGGCAAAUGGCUUGCCACCCAGACCUUGUGCUCCGCAGCAAGACUAACGGGACCCAGUUCUUGGGCUCUGACGAGGCUGGUGAAGCCACAAUCUGUAGGCUCUGCAGUGAUGUGGCGGAGGAUGCUAUCAAGGCCAAAUGCCACCAUAUAUUCGACCGAGAGUGCAUGAAACAGUAUUUAAGCACAGCUGGAGACAUGACGCCUGACUGUCCUGUUUGUCAUCUCCCUCUUACUAUCGACCUCGAGGCUCCCGCGCUCGAACUUGAAGCAAAUAUUCCUUCUGCUCGACAAGGAAUCUUGGGGCGACUCAACAUCGAGACUUGGCGGUCUUCCUCCAAGAUCGAGGCUCUCGUCGAGGAACUUUCUAAUCUUCGCUUGCAAGACAACACGACUAAAAGUAUCGUGUUUAGUCAGUUUGUCAACUUUCUGGAUUUGAUCGCCUUUAGGCUACAAAAGGCGGGCUUUUCGAUCUGUCGACUUGAAGGAACCAUGAGCCCUCAAGCUCGCGAUGCGACCAUUCAACACUUCAUGAACAAUGUUGGGGUUACUGUAUUUCUAGUCAGCUUGAAAGCUGGUGGAGUGGCAUUAAACUUGACGGAAGCAUCCCGAGUGUAUCUCAUGGACAGCUGGUGGAAUCCUGCGGUCGAAUAUCAAGCUAUGGACCGUAUUCACCGUCUCGGACAAUACCGUCCUAUUCAGGCCAUCAAACUUGUCGUUGAAGACAGCAUCGAAAGGCGGAUCGUCCAAUUGCAGGAGAAGAAAUCAGCGAUGGUGGAUGCCACGCUGUCUACUGAUGAUUCUGCGAUGGGACGGUUGACACCAGACGAUUUGAGCUUCUUGUUCAGACUGUAGCUUAUAUAUUGUUUACGAACGUACUGUACACACCCUGCCUUUUACAGGCAGUAGAAUAAUACGCUGUCGUUUCUGAUUCUACACGGAAUAUAUCUGAUUUACGAAGACCUGCUAAUCAUUUUUUAGCAAUUGUUG